AGAACGCUACAUCAAUCGGUCACGAAACUAAUUUUGUGCAGUCAAUUAAACCAGUUGGAGAUUCAGUUGAAGAUUGGUAGGUCGGGGAUAUUUAGCAUCGGGAGAUUGUCCAGCCUAGCAGGUCAAGAAGGGGGAUCAAGAUAUAUACUGGAGGGGGGCAUCGUCUGAUCACAGUCACAGUACAGUCGUCAGUGGAGUAUCACAAUCAUGGUCAAGUUAGCGUUGGUUUGUCUAGCGGCGGUCGUCGUCCAGUUGUGCGCUGCGGCUGAAGAUAAGGCAGCUCUGGCUCCCGUGUUGGGGAAGAAGUACAAACUCGCCUCCUCCGAGAACUUCGAGGAGGUCAUGAAGGAGUUGGGAGUCGGUUGGAUCACCAGGAAACUAGGGAACGCUGCUUCUCCAGUGAUCGAGCUGACCGAGAGCAACGGAGAGUACUCUCUGACUUCCAAGAGCACCUUCAAGAACACCGACCUCAGGUUCCGCGUUGGCCAAGAGUUCCAGGAGGAAACUCCAGACGGCAGGACUGUCAAGUCCAUGAUCACCCAGGAGGGCAACAAGCUGACCCAUGUCCAACAGGGAGAGAAGACCACGACAAUCAUCAGGACGUUCACACCCGAAGAGGUGAAGAUGGUCAUCAAAGUCGGCGACAUCACUGCCACCCGUAUCUACAAACCUGAGUAAGGUUAUUUGUUAACUGCUUUCAUUUUGAGAUAUACGAUUUUCCACCAAAGGGACUAACCCGGUUUAAGUUUAGAUCAAAAUUCAAAUUCAGUAGUACUUAAUAGAUACCAAUUGUUCAAAAAACGAAAAUAGUUUACCAAUACGAGGCAACGGUGCUUAUUAUUGUUCCUGUUUUUAUCGUGGUUCUCAAACAUUACAUCACGAAAUAGAUCGAAUUUGUAGGUCUCAAAAUCGAGCAAACCAAAGUAUUAAGUGUAUUAAUUUCUUUUCCGAUAGGAACUUGUGAUUGUAGUUAGUUUGAACCCGACUUUAGCUGAUGGUUGAAUUCUAGUUUUUAAACAUUGACUAGUAAUAGUUUGUACUGAUUUUUUUAAGGUUAUUAAAUUAUGUUAAUUGUA